GCCGGCCCCUAUCAAUCGAUCAGAGAGAGGAAGAUGGUGGUGGAUGGAGUGAACGGGCAGGAUCGAUCACCGAAAAACUCGAUUGGAUUCGUUUUAAGUGACUUAGAAACUACGCGUACUCCACCGCGUUCUCCAAAAGUGUGAGCCCAGAGUGGGAAAACAGCGAUAAAGAGAGGCUGUACCGGCUAGCUCUGACCCUUCACGAAGAUGGAGUUCCCAUGGCACAGUGCAGAGGUUCUGGAGCAGCUUAACCGGCAACGCAAACAGGGCCUGCUGUGUGACUGCACCUUUGUUGUGGACGGGGUAGACUUCAAGGCCCACAAAGCUGUGCUGGCAGCCUGCAGUGUAUACUUCCGAACCCUCUUCCUUGACCAGAAGGAUGUGGUGCAUCUGGACAUUAGCAAUGCAGCAGGCUUGGGUCAAGUCCUUGAUUUUAUGUACACUGCCAAGCUGAGUCUAAGCCUACAGAACAUAGAAGAUGUCCUUUCGGUUGCCCACUUUCUUCAGAUGCAAGAAAUUAUAAAUGCAUGCUCUGCAUACCAGUCAAUGUCAAAUCCUGCCCCACCUGUCAUCACAUUGGAUUUUGCAGAUGAUUCAAAAACAGGUGAAAGAGAACAGAAGGGGGAUACUGAAACUGAUCUAUCCGAAGUAGCAGCACAAGCAGAGGAAUGCCCUCCUACAACGUCUAAAGAAGAUUGUGAGGACUCACAAAGUCAAGAAAGCUUAAAUAAAAACAUCUCUGCUGAUACGCAACAAAAUAUUUCUAAGCCCAAUCCCCCUGAAGCACACUUGAGCCGUGGAAGACCCCCCAAAACCACUCUGCUUUCUGCUCAAAAGAAAUCAUCUGUAAAGGAGGAUGAAAGUACUGCUCAUGACGCAAUCGGGUUUCAGGAUGAUCCCUCUGAUGCCGAUUACACGCCCAAAUCGGAGCUGAAAUCUUCAGGAAGGUCAUCCUAUAUGAGCUCUCGAGGGAGAAGAAUCAGAAAACCUCCUCGAAGAAACUUCCCAAGUGAGAUUGACUCCGAGGAUGAAGGUCCAUCCAAGAAAACAUCUGAGAAGAGGGUGUCAGAGCCAGCAGAGGUAGGUGCAGGACAGAAAGAUGACUCCACAGAGAUGGAUGAUUUGGAGGCUGAUGAUGAAGAUGUCACUGAAGAUGAGGAUGAGGAUGAUGAUGACGAUGAGCGAAUCAGUCACCAAGCAGAAGAUUCGAGCGACAAAGAUGGAAGAGAAACCGUGUCAGCAUCUAUGAGCGGCCGAUCUGAAUCAAAGCCUUACAGCUCUGUGACCCAUAAAUGUGAGGACUGUGGGAAGAAAUUCACCCACACAGGUAACUUCAAGAGGCACAUGCGUAUUCACACGGGAGAGAAGCCGUUCAGCUGCAGGGACUGCAACAAGUCUUUCUCUGACCCUGCAGCUUGUAAAGCCCACGAGAAAACACACAGUCCUCUGAAGCCGUACUGCUGCUCUACUUGUGGAAAGAGCUACAGGCAGAUCAGCCUGCUCAACCUGCAUCGCAAACGCCACACAGGCGAAGCACGGUACAGCUGUGAAGUGUGUGGCAAGCUUUUUACGACAUCAGGCAACCUGAAACGCCACCAGCUGGUGCACAGCGGCGAGAAGCCGUACCACUGUGACUACUGCGAAAAGGCUUUUUCUGACCCCACGGCUAAGAUGCGACAUCUGGAGACUCAUGACACAGAAAAGGGGAACAAGUGUCCACACUGCGACAAACGCUUCAACCAGCUUGGGAAUCUGAAGGCACACCUGAAAAUUCACAUUGCCGACGGGCCUCUCAAGUGCAAGGAAUGUGGCAAGCAGUUUACCACUUCAGGAAAUCUGAAAAGACAUCUGCGGGUUCACAGUGGGGAGAAACCAUACGUCUGUGCACACUGCCAGAGAGCUUUUAGUGACCCUGGAGCUCUGCAGCGGCAUGAACGCAUCCAUACAGGAGAGAAGCCCUGUGUCUGUCUUGUCUGCGGGAAGGCUUUCACCCAGGCCAGCUCCCUCAUCGCCCAUGUUCGCCAGCACACGGGAGAGAAGCCCUACGUCUGCGAUCGCUGUGGCAAAAGAUUUGUACAGUCAAGUCAGUUGGCCAAUCACAUUCGGCAUCACGACAAUGUGCGGCCACACAAGUGUCAAAUGUGCAACAAGGCAUUUGUCAACGUCGGAGACCUGUCGAAGCAUAUCAUCAUUCACACAGGGGAGAAACCGUUCCUAUGUGAUAAAUGCGGUCGAGGGUUCAACCGAGUGGACAAUCUGCGCUCUCACGUCAAGACUGUCCACCAGGGCAAGGCCGGCAUGAAACGGCUGGUUAUUGCCGGGGGAAACGUAGAAGAAGGGAGUGAUGAGUGUGCAGGCUCAGCCAUCUCAGACAGUGAGAUCAAAAUUGUCACUGUCACCACAGAGGACAUCGUCACCCUGGCAACAGAGGCCCUAGCAGCCAGUGCUGUGGCUCAGCUGACAGUUGUUCCAGUGGCUGCCUCAGUGUCUGCAGAUGAGACCGAAGCUUUGAAAGCUGAAAUCACCAAAGCAGUGGAGAAAGUGCAAGAAGCAGACCCCAACACUCAGAUCUUGUAUGCUUGUGAUUCCUGUGGUGAUAAAUUCCUCGACGCCAGCUCCUUAGCUCAGCAUGUGCGCAUCCAUACAGCUCAAGCACUGGUCAUGUUUCAGGCAGAUUCUGACUUCUACCAGUACACUACAGCCACCGCCACGACUGAAGGUGAUUCUGUAACAACAUGGCAACCCACGGCCGAACAGGUCAUCCAGGAAGGAGAGCUAAUGUUCCGUGCAGAGGAUGGAGAAAGAAAAUCAGAAGUGGGGAUAGUUGGAGAGACACAAGAGCCGCAAGAGUCUGAGGCCAUAAUUCACGUGGAGGAGGGGAUGGAGGAAGGACAGGUGGAAACUCACACUGAGCACCCAAAAAAUGGGAAAGAUGUAGAAGAGGAAAAAGAAGCGAGCAUGGAAUGUGAGAGUCAGCCCUAGUGGGGCAGAUUUAUGAAUGUAUGAAUUGUUGCUGGUGACAAAUCUAAUUUAUGCAGGAGAAGGAAAUGCAACUUAUAAGGUCUGCAGAUGAGGCUUAGUACAGUCAAACCUUGGUGUUAACAAACUAAUCCAAACUGAGAUGAGAACACUCACUUGUUAAAUCAUGUUACUGUUAAGAUUUAUUAAUCUUAAGUCAUGGUUUUGCUGUUUACAGCACGACAAUAUCCGAUUAUUUUGUGAUCCUCAGUGUUGCUGAGGAUUCUUUUCGGAGGUGAUUAUACAAUUUUAUAUAUUUUGUUUAGGACUGUGCUUUAUCCCGUAUUGUAAAACAUUUAAAUCACAGGUCUUAUAUAAUUAAGAGAAAGACGUAUAUUUCCAUUUCACUGAUAAAAGAUUUUCCUAAAAUAAAUCUCAAUAUUUUAUUGUACUUAGUUUAAAGUAUUUCAUGUAGAUUAACUUCAUGAACAAGUAGAGGUACUAAAGAUUUAGGUUACAGAUAACUACUUUCUAUAGAGCUUGAUACUCAUAUUUUUGUGCUUUGGGCAAAUAUCACAGUUCCCAUACUUAUUUGAUGUUUGUGUAUGUUAUAUGUGUCUUCUAAAAAGUCUUAAUACACCAGAUAAAAGAUAUAUGUGGCAAUGAAAACUCUCAGAUGCGUACUGAUUUAAGAUAGAUUUCUUUUACCAUUGUGUUUUGGUUUGUUGUUUUCCCCCUCUGUUUAUAUUAUCUGCAAAAGCUGUAUUUAAAUAUCUGUAACCUUGCUUAAACUCGCUUGUAGUUCACAUCAGCUCAUUAAAGAACCAUAGAGGUCU